AUGGCCGAGGGUUUUCAGCAAGAUCUGACUUGUUCCGUCUGCCUCGACGUGUUUACUGAGCCGGUGCUGCUUCGAUGUGGGCACUGCUUCUGCCAGGAAUGCAUCACCUCCUCCUGGGACAGCCAAGGGGGAGCUCCUAGCUGCCCUGACUGCCGGGCCCCCUGUCCUGACAGACAUUUCACACCCAGCCACUUGCUGAGAAACUUGGCCCAAAAGGCAAGAGAGGAUCAAGAGGUUAAGGAGAAAGCGCAGGAAGACCCAGAAAAUCACGAAGAGACAGGCAGAAGCAGCCCAGGUGCUGAUCAGGGGUUGCUCUGCGCACAACACGGUCUCACUUUGCAGCUCUUCUGCCUCACAGAUGAGGACCCCGUUUGUCUUUGCUGUGUGGAUUCGCCUGCCCACGCCGGACACAAGUUCGGCUCCUUGAAAGACGCUGCUGAGCCCUACAAGGUGAGACUGUGAAGGUGGGGGGUGCUUUAAGUAAAGUGAGGCAAUUGCCCUCCAACAGCUGAUUCAGGCAGUGUUGUGAAAGGGAAGGUAACUCCUCGUUAUUUGUUGUUGUUGUUAAAGAUUUUCUUGGUUUACAAAAGUACAGUGGUACCUCGGGUUACAUACGCUUCAGGUUACAGACUCCACUAACCCAGAAAUACUGCUUCAGGUUAAGAACUUUGCUUCAGGAUGAGAACAGAAAUCGUGCUCCGACAGCGCGGCAGCAGCUAGAGGCCCCAUUAGCUAAAGUGGUGCUUCAGGUUAAGAACAGCUUCAGGUUAAGAACGGACCUCUGGAACGAAUUAAGUAUAGAAUCAUAGAAUCUUAGAGUUGGAAGAGACCACAAGGGCCAUCGAGUCCAACCCCCUGCCAAGCAGGAAACACCAUCAGAGCACUCCUGACAUAUGGUUGUCAAGCCUCUGCUUAAAGACCUCCAAAGAAGGAGACUCCACCACACUCCUUGGCAGCAAAUUCCACUGUCAAACAGCUCUUACUGUCAGAAAGUUCUUCCUAAUGUUUAGGUGGAAUCUUCUUUCUUGUAGUUUGGAUCCAUUGCUCCGUGUCCGCUUCUCUGGAGCAGCAGAAAACAACCUUUCUCCCUCCUCUAUGUGACAUUCUUUUCUGUAUUUGAACAUGGCUAUCAUAUCACCCCUUAACCUCCUCUUCUCCAGGCUAAACAUGCCCAGCUCCCUUAGCCGUUCCUCAUAAGGCAUCGUUUCCAGGCCUUUGACCAUUUUGGUUGCCCUCCUCUGGACACGUUCCAGUUUGUCAGUGUCCUUCUUGAACUGUGGUGCCCAGAACUGGACACAGUACUCCAGGUGAGGUCUGACCAGAGCAGAAUACAGUGGCACUAUUACUUCCCUUGAUCUAGAUGCUAUACUCCUAUUGAUGCAGCCCAGAAUUGCAUUGGCUUUUUUAGCUGCCGCGUCACACUGUUGGCUCAUGUCAAGUUUGUGGUCAACCAAGACUCCUAGAUCCUUUUCACAUGUACUGCUCUCAAGCCAGGUGUCCCACAUCUUGUAUUUGUGCCUCUCAUUUUUUUUGCCCAAGUGCAAUACUUUACAUUUCUCCCUGUUAAAAUUCAUCUUGUUUGUUUUUGCCCAGUUCUCUAAUCUGUCAAGGUCAUUUUGAAGUGUGAUCCUGUCCUCAGGGGUGUUAGCCACCCCUCCCAGUUUGGUGUCAUCUGCAAAUUUGAUCAGGAUGCCCUUGAGUCCAUCAUCCAAGUCGUUGAUAAAGAUGUUGAAUAAGACCGGGCCCGAGACAGAACCCUGUGGCACCCCACUAGUCACUCUUCUCCAGGAUGAAGAGGAACCAUUGAUGAGCACCCUUUGGGUUCGGUCAGUCAGCCAGUUACAAAUCCACUGAGUGGUAGCAUAGUCAAGACCGCAUUUUACCAGCUUCUUUACAAGAAUAUCAUGGGGCACCUUGUCAAAUGCCUUGCUGAAAUCAAGGUAGGCUACAUCUACUGUGUUCCCUUCAUCUACCAGGCUUGUAAUUCUGUCAAAAAACGAGAUCAGGUUAGUACUUAACCCGAGGUACCACUGUAUGUGGGGUUUUGUGUCAGCGUCGCUUGUGCAGGUUCUUUGCUGCUCACUUGUGUUCCUUUGGUGGUGAGAGAGCUUGGGGCUGGCCUAGCGUGUGGUUGUUCGUUUGUGGUUGGCUGUGGUGAUCUUUAUUUUCAUGUGUGAGCGGGGUGGGUGGGUGUUUUGGAUCAGGUUAGCCAUAUUGAUUUGUAGGCUGUUGGUGGAUUUUGUCUUGUUGGGCUGUGUAUGUGAUAAAGGGGAGCCAUACCGGGGUGAAGGCGUCUUCAUCUAUUUCUCCCCCUGUCAGUUUCAGUUUAUUGGUUAAUUUUUCUAGUAGGGCUGUUUCCCAUACUAUUUGGUACCAUUGGUCCAUGCUUACCCGUGACAGCUCUCUCUAGUGUCUGGCUAUGAUGUUUCUGGCUGCUGAAAGGAGGUGGGUUAUGAGUUCUUUGUGGUGUAAAUGGGCAUCUUGUUAUUUGUUAUUAAAUAAUAACAAACCCUCCAUGUGUCCCUAUUUCCCAGGGACAGUCUCGUAUUUGCGGAAGCCGUCCCGGUUUCCAAUUUGAUCCUGGAAUGUCCCACUUUUCCUUAGAACGUCCCUAUUUUCAUGGGAGAAAUGUUGGAGGGUAUGGAGUUAUGUGACCCCCCGCCGAGCCAAGGAGAUAAGUAGCUGGACAACCUUUAGAAGACAUCUGAAGGCAGCCCUGCAUGGGGAAGUUUCAGAUAAGGGCAAUCAACAUGUUUAAGGGGAUGGAGGAACGUCUCUGUUAGAAAUGGUUACAACACUUAGGGCUGUUUAGUUCAGAAAAGAAAAGUUAAGGAGGUGGCUUUUUAUUUAUUUGCAGUAUUUAUAACCUGCUCUUCAUUGAAUAUCUGCAAUCCUGGAACGCAGAACAAAAAUAAUAAAAGGAAAUAGAGAAAAACAACGCUGGGGGACAUGGCAGGUUCCCUGACCUGCCUAAUUUCACAAACUCUUCUUCCUCCCCUAGCGGAAGCUCGACAAGGUUCUGGGUUGCCUGGAAACCAGAAUUAAACAACAAGAGCAACAGGAAGGAUGUCAAGAAGAAAACAUACGUUCCUUGAGAGUAAGAGGAAAUAAUUCCUAGCUUCUUCUUCUUCUUCUUCUUCUUCUUCUUCUUCUUCUUCUUCUUCUUCUUCUUCUUUUCUUCUCCCGGGCUCCCUUUGAAUCAGCAAAGUGGGAGGGGAGCAGCUUACACUCGUGUAACCAGCUCCUCUCCCACCUUCCUGCUUCAAAGCAAUCACAGAAGAGGGAAGGAAGGGGACCCUGGAUCCUCAGCUUGCGGCUGCAGCGGAUUCCCUCCUCCUGGGCUCCCUUUGAAGCAGCAAAGUGGGAGGGGAGCAGCUUACACUCGUGUAAGCAGCUCCUCUCCCACUUUCCUGCUUCAAAGUGGAGGGAAUCCACUGCAGUUGCGAGCAGAGGAUCCAUGGCUCCGCUUCCUUCCCUCGAAGCAGGGUGCGGGGGUGCAGGAGGGAAAGAGGGCAGGAAAUAGAUGCCGGGCAGGAAGACACAACUACACUUUGCCCACUGGAAAGUCCACCUCAGCCUCCCCAGAUUUCCAAUGAGAUGGCCAGGCUAAUCUCGAUGGCCAGGCUCAGCAUUAUUAACUGGACUUAGAUAAGCCAUGGUUCCCCUUCCUACCAUCCUCUGAGGCUUGAUUUAAAGCAGCAAAGCGGACAGGAGCCGCCCGCUUUGCUGCUUUAAAUAGUUUAGUGCAACAUUUGAUUCAGAAUAUUUUUUUGUGUGUUUUCCUCCUCUAAAAACUAGGUGCGCCCUAUGGAGCAAAAAAUACGGUAACAUUCUUGUUGCUGUAGUAGCAUACAUAAAUAAAUUUCUGUACAAUUUAGGUAGUUCUGUCCCUAUAAUUCCCCAAAGAAAAGCUUCUGAGUUGUUGUUGUUUUAAAAAGUUAUUUUGAACAUCCUUUUCAAUUCAUUAUAUAUCAUUUUCCAGCCCAGCUGCUCAUCAUUUUAAGUACCCAAAAUGCAAUGUCCCUGCCUAUAGACCAGGCAUCCCCAACCCUCGGCCCUCCAGAUGUUUUGUUUUGUUUUUUUAUAAGACAUUUAUUAAAAUUUAAACAUUACAAAGAAAAGAAAAGAGGAACAAAGGAGAAAUACAAGCAAUAAACAAUUACAAAACCUCAAAAAACAAAAAUAAAUACAGUAAUACAAAACAUCAACAAUACAAAAAAGGAAAGAAGGGGGGGAAAGCAUUUAAAACCCCCCCAAAAAAACAAAAAUAAAAAGGACCCCGUAUUUUCAUAUCCUUGUCUUUCAUUUGCUUAUUUCCUCGACUUCCUCACACCUCCUUUUUUGUAUUCUAGUUCAAUUAAUUAUUCCAGCAAGUCCUUUCCCUCUUUCUCAAAUUUAGUUCCAUAAUUAAUCUUAACGCAAUUUAGCCUUAAAUUUACACCUUUACCCCAUGUCAAUCUAUUCAUACUUAGUUCUUUAUAGUAUUUCUACUAAAGUCAUAUAGCUUCUUUCCAGCAUCCUUCUAACAUUCAUUAAUUUUAGAAUAUUUCUGUAAAUAUACUUUAAAUUUUUUCCAAUCUUCUUCCACCGACUCUUCUCCCUUGUCUUGGAUUCUGCCAGUCAUUUCCGCCAAUUCCAUGUAAUCCAUCAGCUUCAUCUGCCAUUCUUCCCUGGUAGGUAGAUCUUGUGUCUUCCAGUGCUUUGCGAUAAGUAUUCUUGCUGCUGUUGUGGCAUACAUGAAAAAAACUCUGUCCUUCUUUGGCACCAAUUGGCCCACCAUGCCCAGGAGAAAGGCCUCUGGUUUCUUUAAAAGGGUAUAUUUAAAUACCUUUUUCAUUUCAUUAUAGAUCAUCUCCCAGAAAGCCUUAAUCUUUGGGCAUGUCCACCAAAGGUGAAAGAAUGUACCUUCAGUUUCAUUACAUUUCCAACAUUUAUUAUCGGGCAAAUGAUAAAUUUUUGCAAGCUUGACUGGUGUUAUGUACCACCUGUAAAUCAUUUUCAUUAAAUUCUCUUUUAAGGCAUUGCAUGCCGUAAACUUCAUGCCAGUGGUCCAUAACUGUUCCCAGUCAGCCAUCAUAAUAUUAUGUCCAACAUCCUGUGCCCAUUUAAUCAUAGCAGAUUUCACCAUUUCAUCCUGAGUAUUCCAUUUCAACAGCAAGUUAUACAUUCUUGACAAAUUCUUAACUUUAGGGUCUAACAAUUCUGUUUCCAGCUUUGAUUUUUCCACCUGAAAACCUAGUUUUUUAUCCUGAUUAUAUGCCUCCAUUAUUUGAUAAUAAUGGAGCCAAUCUCGCACUCUGUUUUUAAUUUUUCAAAGCUCUGUAAUUUUAAUCUGUCACCCUCUUGUUCCAAAAUUUCCCAAUACUUCGGCCAUUUGGCCUCCAUAUUGAGUUUUUCUGGGCCUUUGCCUCCAUAGGUGACAGCCAUCUUGGGGUUUUAUUUUCUAACAAAUCCUUAUAUCUUAUCCAGACAUUAAACAGUGCUUUUCUUACAAUAUGGUUUUUGAACGCUUUGUGUGCUUUGACCUUAUCAUACCACAAAUAUGCAUGCCAACCAAAUACAUUAUUGAAACCUUCCAAAUCCAAAACAUCCGUAUUUUCAAGAAGCAUCCAUUCUCUCAGCCAGCAGAAAGCGGCUGAUUCAUAGUAAAGUUUUAAGUCUGGCAGGGCAAAUCCACCUCUUUCUUUAGCAUCAGUUAAAAUCUUAAAUUUUAUACGAGGCUUCUUGCCCUGCCAAACAAAUCUGGAAAUAUCUCUCUGCCACUUCUUGAAACAGUCCAUUUUGUCUAAAAUUUGCAAUGAUUGAAACAGAAAUAACAUUCUUGGCAAUCUCUCCUUUGCUGGAGGAAUAGGAACCAGGGAUGCUGUCGGUGAAAGAUCUUGCUCCAAGUAUGAGGUUGGGAUAAUCCCUUCUGACUCCUUGAAGUGUUAUGAUUCUAGAGCAGGCUUCCUCAACCUCGGCCCUCCAGAUGUUUUGGACUACAAUUCUCAUCAUCCCUGACCACUGGUCCUGUUAGCUAGGGAUCAUGGGAGUUGUAGGCCAAAACAUCUGGAGGGCCGCAGGUUGGGGAUGCCUGCUAUAGACCUACUAAAUCUUCUUGCCGGGACUGUAUAAAACUGAAAAAUUCAUUUUACAUCGGGUUUACUUCAAAAUGGCAGGUACCCACUAUGGGUGGGAGCUGAGCUUGGCUCCCAGCUGAAGGAUGGCACCAUCGCCUGCCACUGAAAAGCAUGUAUGGACCUAGCAAGGAGAUCAUUAAAUGGGGAUGUGGCCAAGUUGGGCUUGUGAGAGGGCCUGGAUUAGCAACAACCCCUCAUUUUUAUAAGGUACCGUAUUUUUCGCUCUAUAAGACACACUUUUCCCCUCCUAAAAAGUAAGGGGAAAUGUGUGUGUGUCUUACGGAGCGAAUUCAGGCUGCGCAGCUAUCGCUGAAGCUAGGAGAGCAAGAGGGAUCGGUGAGCAGCAAUGCUGCUUGCUGUCCUGGCUUCUGGCUUAGCCCCGCGCAGCCUCUUCCGGGCAGGGGGAGCCUUCAUCCCGCUGCCUGGGAGAGGCUGUGCGCAGCUAUCCCAUAAGCCAGGACAGCAAGUGGCUUUCCCAGAAGCCAGAUCCCUCUUGUUGUUCUGGCUUCUGGGAUUCAUAAUAUUUAUUUUCUUGUUUUCCUCCUCCAAAAACUAGGUGCGUCUUAUGGUCUGGUGCGUCUUAUAGAGCAAAAAAUACAGUAUAUUUUGAUUCAUUUGUUUCUUCUCACUGAACGGGUCACUGGGUUCUCACUUCCGCCACCACAAAAACCUCCCAGUGGAACUUCUUUCCAUUGCAGAACUCAGCUGAGUCCCUUCGCAAGACGAUUGAAGACGAGUUCACUGAGCUGCAGCGAUUCCUGAGCCAGAGGAAAGAUGCAGUACUGGCCCAGCUAGAUGAGGAUGAAAACGCCGCGCGCAUGAACAUGAUGGCACAUCUCUGGGAGAUUCGGGAGGGCCUGUCUGCAGCCAGAGAGAUGAUGAGCCAGGGAAAGGCCAAAAUGGAACAGACGGAUUUAGCUGCCUUCCUCAUGGUGAGGCCAAAACCUUGGCACCUCUUUGGUGUAACCAUUGCUGAGGGUUUCCCAGAAAAUUUUGGACUGGACAGUUGUUGGUUUCCAAUUGAAAUUUAUUUUGACGUGUCAGCAAAGUGAUCUAAAUUGGUGCGUUUACUUUGCUAAAAGCUUUUGAUGCUGCCUUCGUUGUUAGUAACAAACUUUUGUUGUUGUUUAGUCGUGUCCGACUCUUCGUGACCCCGUGGACCAGAGCAGGCCAGGCACUCCUGUCUUCCACUGCCUCCCACCCGCAGUUUGGUCAGACUCAUGUUGGUAGCUUUGAGAACACUGUCCAACCAUCUCGUCCUCCAUCGUCCCCUUCUCCUUGUGCCCUCCAUCUUUCCCAACAUCAGGGUCUUUUCCAGGGAGUCUUCUCUUCUCAUGAGGUGGCCAAAGUACUGGAGCCUCAGCUUCAGAAUCUUUCCUUCCAGUGAGCACUCAGGGCUGAUUUGCUUAAGAAUGGAGAGGUUUGAUCUUCUUGCAGUCCAUGGGACUCUCAAGAGUCUCCUCCAGCACCAUUAUUCAAAAGCAUCAAUUCUUCGGCGAUCAGCCUUCUUUAUGGUCCAGCUCUCACUUCCAUACAUCACUACUGGGAAAACCAUAGCUUUUACUAUACGGACCUUUGUUGGCAAGGUGCUGUCUCUGCUUUUACGAAAUGGCAAAUUUUCCACAGAAAGAUAACAUGCUGGAAGGUGGGCUGCCCCACAUCACUAUCUAUAACCAAUCACACAGAAUAGGUUAAGGAUUCAGAAUGAGGAGAGGGCCAAGACUCUUCGGAGCAAGGACUGGCAUUUAGGUAGGUGGAGACAACGCAGGAGGAGUGAUGCCCCUUGUGGUCCCUUCCAACUAUACAAGUCUAUGAUUCUAGGACCCCAAAAGCCAGUGUGGGAACAAUUAACCCUAUAAAACUUGCAGCCAAGCUAGCUCCUCAGCCUGAGCAACUUGUGUGACUUGGUACCAGGCCAAAACCCAAUUUCCAGCCCUGUCCCCUUCAUACAUACUGCUAGUGCUGCAGGAGCUGCUUCUCUGGAGCAGCAUGAGCUUGAGUUGCUUCUUCUUCUUCUUUGAUGAUCACUCGUAGCCAAGUAAGAUUGUCUUCCAUGAACACGGUUUUAACAAUCAGUCCAUAAGUGAUUGUGGAGGCCAAUUCUGGAUCCACACAUCCUUCCACACUGGGGACAUAGGUUUCCUGGCAGGAGUUGAUCUCAGUGAGGGUUUGCCAAGCAUGCCUUAGCACGUUUCUCCCUUUUGCCCUGAGUUUGAGCGUCUUCAAAAUCCACAACACCUUGGGUAAAGGGCUGUUCUCCAAUUGGAGCGCUUGCAGGCCAGUGUUCCCCAGUUGUUGGUGUUUAUAUUUGAGUUGCACCAGUAUGCUGGGUUCAGUAGUGAUGUAUGAAAGUGAGAGCCGGACCAUAAAGAAGGCUGAUCGUCAAAGAAUUGAUGCUUUUGAAUUAUGGUGCUGGAGGAGACUCUUGAGAGUCCCAUGGACUGCAAGAAGUUCAAACCUAUCCAUUCUGAAGGAAAUCAGCCCUGAGUGCUCACUGGAAGGACAGAUCCUGAAGCUGAGGCUCCAAUACUUUGGCCACCUCAUAAGAAGAGAAGACUCCCUGGAAAAGACCCUGAUGUUGGGAAAGAUUGAGGGCACAAGGAGAAGGGGACGACAGAGGACGAGAUGGUUGGACAGUGUUCUUGAAGCUACCAGCAUGAGUCUGACCAAACUGCGGGAGGCAGUGGAAGACAGGAGUGCCUGGCGUACUCUGGUCCAGGGGGUCACGAAGAGUCGGACACGACUAAAUGACUAAACAACAACAACAACAGUAUGCUGGGAGCCCUCCGCCUAGGUGUUCGUCUUCCCAGGUGAAAUAUUAAUCGCUAGAUGAGGAAAUCUUACCAUUGGCUCUACCCUCAUCAUUCUUGUCCAUGGGAUUCCGCAACAUCCUAUGAUUGUGUGUGAAGCUGACUUGGAGAAAAACUGUUUCCGUGUCAAUCUCGUCUCCUCUGUGAGGGGGAAGUCGUCUCUCUGUGUCUUAUCUAAUCAGGUUAUUGGAAAGGCUUGAGUGCCUUUAGUCUUUGGGAAGGCAAGGGGGUAUGGUUGGUUAGGGUUGUGGGCUGAAAGGAGACCCCUUAGAAAACACAGAAGAAUUAGCAACAGGAUAGCCAGCAUUCCACGAUUCAGUGGGAGGACAGUGGGACCUAAUGGCUUUGAGGAAGGCAAGAUUAGGGUGGAUGACGGAGUGUAUCAGGAUUCUGUUAUUUUCCAGGAUAUGAAAGGAGAGAUUCAAGCUUCCUAACCAUCUCACCUUCUUUCUCCCUCCCCAGGGUGUCCAGGAGCUCCUGAAGAAGUGAGUAUGGUGUCUUUCCGCUAGUUUCAUAUGUGAGAGAGCGGAUGGCCACUUGCUGUAACUAGUAUUCUGCUCCUCUUCCCACUAGGCUCCCUGCUGAAAAGGAGGCUGAGGGCGUAGGAAACCAGGCUGACCACUCUGCUGUUUGCAGGGAACUCUGCCUGGGCAAGUUCAAGGGUCCACUGCAAUACCUAGCAUGGAAUAAGAUGAGAUCCAUCGUCAGAACAGGUAACUGAAAGGAAGUUCAGGAAUGAUUAAGAGUAAUGUCAGAUCAGAUGAAAGAAAACCAUUCUUCGUACCACAUGUGAUUAACGCAUGGAAUUCUAUGGCAGAAGAUGUGGCAAUGGUUGCUUGCAAAGAGAAUUAGACAGAUUAGUGGCACGUCUGUUGACUUGCCAUGGCAAGUGGAACAAAAUGUUGCAUUGUGGUGUGCUGCUGUUCAGAGUCCCAGACACUCACUUCCAGGCAGAGGGCCUUCUCGGAAGUGGCACCCGCCCUGUGGAAUGCCCUCCCAUCAGAUGUCAAGGAACUAAACAACUAUCUGACUUUUAGAAGACAUCUGAAGGCAGCCCUGUUUAGGGAAGUUUUUAAUGGUUGGUGUUUUAUCGCUUUAUUAUUAAUAAUAAUAUUCUGUUGGGAGCUGUCCAGAGUGACUGGGAAACCAGCCAGAUGGGCAGGGUAUUAAUAAUAAUAAUAAUAAUAAUAAUAAUAAUAAUAAUGGGUGGAGGAAAUGGAAAACUGCAGGUGGGGUGACAAGACAACAACAAAAACAACAACAGAUUAUUAUUAUUAUUAUUAUUAUUAUUAUUAUUAUUAUUAUCCUGUCACCCCACCUGCAGUUUUCCAUUCUCCCCACCCCAAACAGUUAAUGUACAUUCUGCGGCCACUAUGAACAUUCAGUCCUCAUUGGGACUCCCUUAGGUUUCUUCCCUGAAAAUUUUUCUAUACUUCUGGCGUUCUCCCGAGGCCGCUGAUAUUUCCUUCUGGUGUGGGGGUUGUGUAUUUUGGUUACAUGCCACUUACAUCCUGUACACCAGAUAAUCAGAAUAAAGGACAUGAUAGUGAAGUGGAACUUCUACAUGUGGAGGCAGGGUGCUGCUGGGGACCAGUCUCUAGGAACCAAUGACGGGAGAGGAAGUUUCAUGCUCCGAGCCUGCUUGUGGUUUGGGCUACUGUUGAAGACAGGAUGCUGAAGAAGGCGGGCCUUUGGUCUGAUCCAGCAGAACUCCUUCUUGCAUCUCUGUGUCCUUAGGUGCAUGGUGGCAGAGCUUGCAUUCUGCAAGGAUGACUUUGUUAUGUACAGCUGUGUUUACAAGCGGCAACCAUUCAUGUAUAAUGUGGGGAAAGGCGCUGUGACAUUGUCAGGCUAUGGUUUAAACCUGCCUGAUGACUCCAGAAACACCAUCCAUAGACUGCCAAGGCUGUUCCUAUCAGCACAUCUCCAUUCUGGUUUCUGUUUCUUGAUUAUGUUUAUUUGUGUUUGGAACUGGCUUCUAUAUAGGAAGAGAAGAUACUUUGCCAUUUCUUGAAAAGCUUCCGUCUAAGCAGGGAUCAGGGACGCAGGUGGUGCUGUGGGUUAAACCACAGAGCCUAGGACUUGCUGAUCAGAAGAUCGGCGGUUCGAAUCUCCGCAACGGGGUGAGCUCCCGUUGCUCGAUCCCUGCUCCUGCCAACCUAGCAGUUUGAAAGCAUGUCAAAGUACAAGUAGAUAAAUAGGUACCGCUCCGGCGGGAAGGUAAACGGCAUUUCCAUGCCCUGCUCUGGUUCGCCAGAAGCAGCUUAGUCAUGCCGGCUCCCUCGGCCAAUAAAGCGAGAUGAGCGCCGCAACCCCAGAGUCGAUCACGACUUGACCUAAUGGUCUGGGGUCCCUUUACCUUUAAGCAGGGAUCACACUCUUUGCUUCACUAUAUUUCCUAGCCUGACAUGAGGGCUAGGAGCUUGCAUUUUAACAUGUUAAACACCAGAUUUCAUUUCACUUUUAAUUUGUAUUUCUAUAGUACGAUAUGCAAGGCGGCUUACGAGCUGAAGAAAACAACAAAGACCGCACACCUUAUAACAAUCUAAUCCAAUACAAUGGCUCUCACCUUACGUUUUUAAUGUAAGAUGAGAGCCAAAGAAAAUCACCCACGUCCACUUGUUUCUUUCCCUUUUGGUAACCUAGGAUGGAGCUAAGGUAGGAUGCCCCAAUUUUAUUGAACUCGUUCUUUUCCUUUGCUUAUCAGAAGUAGAACCAAUCACCCUGGACUGCGGCACUGCUCAUCCCAAAUACACUUUCUUACUGCAAAACUAUCGUGUGGCGUUUGGACUGUUUAAGAAUCCCUUGAACUAUCCAGCGAUAUUUCAGGACUCUCCCGUUGUGCUGGCGAAAGAGGGGUUCCAUUCAGGAAGACACUACUGGGAGGUUGAGGUGCAAAACAAGGGAGAUUGGUUGAUUGGCGUAGCCUUGGAGUCCAUCCCAAGGCAAAAAGGCAAGGAUCCCACUUCUCUGACGGACAAGAUCUGGUGUCUGGAGCCAACAGAGGAGGAUAGCGAGCCUCAAAAUGGAUCGUCAUGGUGGAAGGUUGGCGUGUACCUGGACUAUGAGGGAGGCCAAGUUUCUUUCUAUGAUGUAGCAGCCGGGUCUCACCUCUGCACACACACGGCCCGUUUCAGCGAAAAUGUCUACCCUUUCUUCCAACCUACGCCAGCUGCUUUCUGGCAAAAACGCACCAUUAGCUUGAAAACUUCUCACAGUUAG